AUGGCCCCGGCGCCGCUCCGCGUGCGCUCUGCCGGGCUCGGGACGCGCAGCGCGGGCCGCGCGGGGCCCGGCCCGCUGCCCUUCAGCGUCGAGUCACGGCUGGAGGCAGAGCGCUGGCUGGGCGCCGAGCCCGUGGAACCCCGGGAGGAGAGGCCGCGGGGCGCCGUGGAGCCCCGGGCCUGGUUCCCGGCGGCCGCCCCCUCGUCCUCCCCGCGCGCCCCCAGCCCUCCGCCCUGCACCCUCCGGAAAACCGGGACCAACCGCGAGCCGCGGGCGCCCUUCACCACCGCGCAGCUGCUGGCUCUGGGGCGCAGGUUCCGCCAGAAGCAGCACCUGGCCAUCGCGGAGCGCGCCGCGUUCUCCAGCAGCCUGGGCCUUUCCGAGACGCAGGCCAAGAUCUGGUUUCAGAACCACCGCGCCAAGGCAAAGCGACUGCAGGGGGCCGAGCUGGAGACGCUGAAGCUGGCGGCCAAGCCGCUGCCGCCUUCGUUCGCCCUGGCCUUCCCGCUGGGCGCGCACCUUCACGGCUCCCCGGCCGUGUGCGGCGGCGGCGCGGGCUCCCUGCCGCAGGUGCCGGGACGAACGUCCGGGCGCCUGGGGGGAGGGCUGUCCCUAUGGGAACGCGUGCGUGUGGUGAGUGUGCGCGGGGCCGGCGGCCUCGGAGCCCUGGACUCGGUGGAGCGCGGGGCGCACGGCGGGCCCGGCGCGGCCGCUUGGCUUCCGCGGGGCCGCAGCCGGAGCCGGACAGGGCUCGGCGGGGCCCGGAGGGAGAAGGAGUCGCCGCGCCCGCGCAGCAGGACCGGCGCGCCCGCGGUCAGGGGCUCUCCAGCGCCGGGGUGGCGGGUGGCCGGGGACCUGCUGCCUCUUGACGGCCUGCUGACAAUGGCUGGGGCCGUGGCCGGCGAUCUGGGGCUUGGCUCCCCUCCCCUCCCUCACCCGCGGGGCUGCAGCGGGCACCGGGGCCGCGUGGGGAACCCAACAACAGUCACGAUUUUCAAGGGGCCAGGCCCGCCGUGGUCUGGAAAUGUGCUGGAGAAGGCGGGUGGGGGCCACUGCACCAAGGGAGCUGGCCGAGGGGGCCUGAGGGCCACCAGCCGCCUUCCGUGUCUGCCCAGGCCCCUGCAGGAGCACAUGUGCUGCUUUAGCCGUGCGGGGGCUCGACAGGAGGGGCCUCAGGCCAGCAGCUGCUUGCCCCCGCCAGACACGGAGCAGGGCGGGCGAGAUGGGCCACGUGGGGCCUCAGGUGGGCGGGGCAGCACCGGGCACUGCCGGGGGACGGGGCCUGGCGAGGACAGCGGCCGGGGGGUCCCCACUCCCCAGGCCCAGCCCGGGGGCCCUGACGUCAUCACAGCGGAGCCGAGCCAGCUGCCCGCCUAG